AUGGGGCUGCAGCAGCCCCAAGAUCGAAUGAGCCAGGCGGAGUUCAAUGAGAUAAUUGACGCCUUAGAUAUCUCUGGUAGCAUCGGUCUCAACGCUAGGCAGCCAUCAUCCGCCCACGCUGCUACUUCCAGAGAGUCUGUUGCUGCUCCUGCUGCUGCUGCUCCCGCUACUGCUGGUGCGCAAGAUGCAGCGCAGCAGUCUGCCUCAUCCGAUGUGGUGAAGGCGCAAAGGGAACAGGAUACAGCCUCAGCAAGUGCAAGCGCAAACCCUGAGGAACAGUCAGCGUCAACAGCAGCAGCUGCUGCAGAGACACCGACAACAGAGAAGCAACAAGCAGAGGGGACACAGGAAGGCAAGAAGGACGGCGAAGGGCAGCCUUCAAAGGACAACAGCACACCGUCAACUGCGGGUGCUGUUGCUGCUGCAGCUGCUGCAUCUGCUGCAGCUCCUGCUGCCCCCGGCGCAGAAGUUGCGACUCUGCAGCAAAUACUGAGGGUUAAGGACUGCAAUUUGGCGCUUGUCUCGGAUGUAGAUGAACAGCUGCUCUUGAAUAUCAGCUUCAAGCAGCCACUCGCUUCGUUCUCUAUGUUGGCAACAAAUAUCCCUCGGGGUUUUUCUACAAAUGCAGAUGAAGAGGAUUCAGUCUCGGCCCCCAUGAUGGUUAAGGUGUACUGCAACAAGAGCACCUUGAAUUUUUGUGGCGUCGUAGAUGAAGUUUGUGCUUUCUCUGUUUUGUUGAGUGAAGAAGAUGUUUUGUCUGGCCGCCGGAUUGCACUGCCUGGCAGCAAAUUCCAUAUGUGUUCAUCAGCUCAGUUCUUUAUUCAAGAAAAUCAAAAGGGAAGCGCCUACACUUUCUUAAACAGACUGGUGUUCUACGGCGCUGCACACAAAAGAUAUUCAUAA